CUCUUAGAGUUAUCUGCGUUUCGCAUGUGCAGAAGUUCGGUUUACAAUGGCAAAGUCAAUAUCCGUUGCUCAAUCAAGGUUUGCAGUAUUGUCAAUUGAUGAUGGUGGUGAUGAUGACAGAAAGUCAUCAAAGAAACAACAGGGAAAGUCAAAUGAACAGCCAAGUCAGCCAAAGAAAAAGAAGAACAAAUCAAAACAGAAACAAGAAAACUCUGAAUUGAAACAGUUGGCAUUUGGCACUCGCACACCUCGGCAACACAAGGACUCUUCCUCUGAGCAUAACAAGAAACAGAAAUCAGGAGGUCAACAAAACAAACCUGAACAAUGGGAUGAAUGGAGACAGAAAGAUGAAGAGUUUGCCAAAGACGUUUAUGAAAAGGAUCUUGAGCAAGCCUUACUGCAGAGUAAAGUCGACUUUGAACUUGAAAAACAGAAAAAGGUAGAAAAUGGGGCUACGGUCGGCAGUAAUGGCGUCAUGGCUGACAGCAAGGAAAGUAAGCGGAGCAAGAAGAAGAAGGACAAGCCUCAGACCAUGAGUCUGGAGGAGUUCAACCUACGAGCAAACGCACCCCGAGACGACGUGGAUGAUUUAGAUAACAUCCCAAUGCCUCGAGUACCAACUGUAGCGAUGGGGGAAGGCGAUGCCAAGUUCUUUGACAAAGUUGAAAACGACGUCCACCGAAUUAUACAGAAGGAGAAGAUUCAGGAAGAAUACAAGAAACACUAUGUCCGUGAAAGUGCCAUGACAACAAAGUAUCAAGAGGACCUAUCAAAUAAAGACAGAGAAAUAACUGAAUUAAGGGAACAAGUAGAAACAUUACAGGGGGAGUUCAAGCAAGUAAAGAAAAGGAACAAGCAGCUAUGUGUGAUAUUAGCCCAAGGAGAAAUGAAAGACAAGGCCCAAGUUCUGAUGCAGUUGGAAGACCUCACACAAGUCCGAGAUGAAUUAACAGAGCAGGUUUCACAACUGACUGCCGAACUGGAAAAGGAAAAAUCCAAAGUGCAUGGUUUAAAAUCUGAACUAGACAAACUGAAGGGAGGGAAGCAUUAUUCAGGAAAGUGAGGACCACUUUGCCACAUCUCCAUUCCGUGUAUUUCAACUUCGAUGACACACAUCAAACCCAACACUGGAACAGACACAUAUCGCAGUGACAUGAUGCACAGCACAUCACCAACAUGUUGGCCGUCUACCAUACUCAUGUAUACUCCAGCAUUUCGUUCAAAGAGAAAUAUUUUGAAUUUCUCCACUCAUAUUCUCAAAAAAAAUUCAUGUAUGUUCUAGUAAAUAUUCAGUAUCAGGUGAUACCUAUUCAUUAUCUCUGGACGUUUUCUGAGUUGAAUUUCAUACAAAUGUUCAUGUUUGCGGAAAGUGCUUAAGCGUUGAAAUUUCUCUAUCAGAUUUCAGUGUUCCUAUUAUAUUGAGGCCAUUAUUAAGUUACAAGUCAAUGACAAGUGGCUUUUUAUAUCUAGGUAUCCAAACACUGAGACACUUCGAGGUAUAUUGCUUGAAGAUGAAUACAGAGAAAAUAUUUGAAUAUCUAUAGUAUAUCUGAUACAGUCAAACUAUAACGCCAAAGCCAAGUUUCUUUUUGUCCUAUAUAUUUCCUUGUUGAAAAGGUGUCUAUGAUCAAACGGGAUUAACAACUAUUACCUGUAUUAGCAUGAUUGGUUGGUGGUUGAUCAAAGAUAUUACAAGACUUUUAUUUGUUGGUUUUAGUCUUUUUAUUGAAAACAAAAUAAGCAUGAUAAAUGAAAUUAUACAAGAGUGACUGUUAUGAUGUUAUCUUGAAAAGAAAAGAAAAAGAAACGAGAAAGAAUCUGAUCUGUUAAAAAUACAAAUGGUCUUUUGUUUCAAUCUCAUUAAAGCCAGAUCUUUUACUCUGGUAUGACAACUCUCUGUAUGAAGAUGCCUCCAGAGAGGGUUGGUCAGGUGAACUCACUAGUCAACUGAAAAGCAUCAAUGCUUCUAGAUCCUUGGCAUUCAGACAAGCAUAUCUGAUUUCUGCAAAAAUCUGCACAAUUUCAAUGUACACACUGUCAUUUGUGAGCACUGUGGCAUCUACACCCAGAGUGAGUUCCACUGUUGGAAUACAGUAAACUACGUUUAUAACGAACACGCUUAUAACAAACUGACGGAUAUAACAAAUUUAUUUUUUGGUCCUGGCCAUUUACUGUUUAUUACUAUAUAUGCUGUAUUUAUGCUAAUAACAAUGAAUAAUGAACUACGGUUAUAACGAACUAAAAUCAGUUAUCCCUUUGGGUUCGUUAUUACCAUAGUUUACUGUAUUGGUGUUCUGUGUAGGUUUUCUUUUGUUGAAAUCAAAAUUUGAGAAAGAAAUGGAGCUGAAUCAUUUUACAAAACUGACAUCAGUUUGGCACAAAAUCCUAAACAUCUUUCAUUUAGGGGGUGAUGGGGUAGCCUAGUGGUUGAAGCCGUCGCUUGCAUGUCGGAAGACCCGGGUUUGAUUCCUCACUUGGAUACUAUGUGUGAAGCCCAUGGGUGUCUGAUGUCCCCGCCGUGAUAUUGCUGGAAUGUGGCGUAAAACCAUACUCACUCACUCCUUCAUUAAGACCGGGAGUCCAAGAUUGCCCAGGAGGUGUUGUCAGCUCUUCAAGCUGAGAGGUUUCAUAUCGCAGUAAAUGAUCAGAUUUUAUUGAGGUUGUCUUUUGUUUUUUUAACAUUAUAAAGUGUAUAGUUAUUCAGUAUCUCACUUGAUUCCCAAGGUUUAGAUCCAUUGUCUGGGUGAUAUGAUUCUUCAGGUUAUAGUUAGCAUGUGAUCAUACUGAGGCCAGACCAGCUAGUCCACUAUGUCAAAGGAGUGGUCAGAACAGAAAUACAAACGUACUGUCAUCAGGGUUGAGUUUAGUCUCCUACCUUUAUAUAUAUGAGGCUUAAAAAUAUACAGAAUUGGUUCUCAGGCAUUUUAAAAAUACAGUGCAGGUGGGCAUGCAAACUCCUAUUGCUGCCAUUACCAUAACGUGAGAUACGCAGUAAAGCAGUGAGCAUGUAAAGGGAAGUAACUGCCUGCUAUAUUAGAUCGCAUUGUUAAUAAGUAUUAGGAUUUCUUAAUUUUAAAAAAAAUGGAAAUAUAACUAAAUAUGCAGCAGACUUUAUGAUGAUGCGGGCAGUGCCUGAGAACCAAGACUAUUAUUUUUUUUAGCCUGUAAUAGAACUUUUAACAAAAAAAUACAAAGGUGUUUUAAAAGCAUUUUAUCAGUCAAUUUAGAAUUUGUUUCCUUUUGCAAGAUCACAAUUGCUUAAUCAUUAAAACUCUAGCGUACAUCGGUCUGGCCUAAUCCCCAGACUGGUUCAAGUUGACGUGAUAUUACUGCCAGACAAAUGUGUGUGCUGAAUCACUAGACCUCAGGUCACCAUGUCAGGAUUCAGUGAAGAUCUGGUGCGAUGGGAUGACCUUGAAAUGGAAGGGGGAUGUUUCUGGCUUCAUGUUUACUCAGUGACUGCAUGUAAGGGUUGUGGCACAUAUUUGCAGGUCCAUGAUGGCGUCAGUAAGUAUGAUUAGUAUGUACAUACCAUUCACUUCAACAUACAGUCAAACACUGUUGGGGCGAACUUUGAUGUGUCGAACUUACGGUUGUCUCCAAGUAAAAGCUUGGUCCUUGCGUAUUCCUUCUUUAUUCAUCAUUUUCGGUUGUGUCGAACACACAAAGUAUUUAUGUAGGUUCCUUCAACUUCCCGCAACAGUGUUUGGCUGCAUUUGCAUUUCUCGCUCUGUUCUGAAGAAGAUUCAGAUUUCCUUGUUAUAAUUCAUUAUUGCCAGUUUAUUUCAAGAUGGAAAUAAAUGAUUACAAACU